UUCAAAAAUUGGCCAAAAAACAAAAUUUCCUCUCAUAAACAUACAAAAAGAAAGAAAAGAAAAUAGAAACGAUUAAGUCCUUUAACAUUAACCACAGAAAAGGACGCACUCGAAUAAUUUCUCUUCACUCGAGAAAUUAUUAGCAGCUGCGGCGGCGGCGACGACUGAGCCCGCCUUGUUUCCUGUGCCGCGCUACCGGAACCCUAAAUCUCCGAUUCAGCUGCGGCGGCGCAUUUCAACAAAACCCUAAUCUCACUCAACCCGAGAUUCCAAGUGUGGUUUCGGUGUGGCUUGUUAUAGGAAGAAGUUGGUUCUUGAUCGAAAUGGAAUCUGAGGAUUUUAUUGCUCUCCCGGAUUCUGGUGACUCUAUUGAGGAGGUGAACGACGAACUUAAUAAUGAGAGUGACUCUAAAGAGGUUGAUGCUCAACCUACAAACUCUGAGGAUAAAGAAGAUAAACCAAACAGUGAAGAUCUAGGGCGGGAGAGCAUUGCUCAAUGUGAAGAAGGCGAAUGCAUACCAGAAGCAAGCCUUGCGAAUGAAUUGGUUGAUAACGAUUCAGAUAUGGAAAUCGAGGAUAUAAACAACCUCCCUGAUUUGACUAGUUCUGUUCCCAAGGAGGGGGAUGUUGAGAAUGUAAAUAUUGAUUUGCACUCGACAUCGUAUGAGAAUGGUCACCUUGUAGUUCAAGAUACAAGUCCCUUUGGAAUCCACAAUACGGAUGUCACUCCUAAAACAGGUGUAAAGAGGGCUCGAACAACAGUUGACGAGCACCAAGCUUCUGUCCGUGUAACAUAUAAUUCUUUAACAAGAGCUGGUAAACACAAGCUUGAAGAACUAUUACAGCAGUGGUCAGAAUGGCAUGCCAAACAUGUUUCUUCCUCUCAAGAUCCUACUCAAGUGUUAGAAUCAGGUGAAGAGACACUCUUUCCUGCUCUUCGUUUUGGCACAGAGAGGACGUCUGGGGUGUCUUUUUGGAUGGACAACCAAACAGGGACAGCACAGAACAGGGAAUCGAUUCCUUUGGAUAGCAACUAUGCGCCUCUAUAUGAUCGUGGUUAUGCCUUAGGCUUGACUUUGACUGGUAGUUCAACUAAUCAGGAGGGGGGCUUGGAGAUUAUAGAUGAUGCUAGCCGUUGUUUCAAUUGUGGUUCUUACAAUCAUGCGUUGAAGGAAUGCCCCAAGCCUCGUGACCAUGUAGCUGUCAAUAAUGCCCGCAAACAGCGGAAGAUAAAAAAAAAUCAAACUCCUAAUUCUCGCAACUCAACUCGAUAUUAUCAGAGUUCUCCAGCUGGAAAAUACGAUGGUUUAAGGCCCGGUGCUCUCCAUGCUGACACAAGGAAGCUUUUGGGUCUUGGGGAACUUGAUCCACCUCCUUGGCUUAACAGAAUGCGAGAAAUUGGAUACCCACCAGGAUAUUUAGAUGUAGAUGAUGAGGACCAGCCAUCAGGAAUAAUUAUACACGGUGGUGAGGAAACUAAGGUUGAACAGGAGGAUGGGGAAAUCAUCGAAACAGACCAUCCUGAACCACCUGAACCACAGAGGAAAAUGACAGUCGACUUUCCAGGAGUAAAUGCACCAAUCCCAGAAAAUGCUGAUGAGAGACUCUGGGCACCCGGGCCUUCAUUUUCAGAUCCCUCAAGGAACCGCUCGCACAACAGGCCAAACCAUUAUUCUGAACCUGUCAGCAGAGGCCAUUAUCGUGAGCAGAGGUGGUCUCGAGAUUAUAGAGAUGAUGGGCCUCCUGGCGUUGACCCAGGUUAUGGGCCAUCUAGUUAUCCUCCAAGAUAUGGGAGUCAUGAUUACAGUUACAACUCCCGCAGUUCGAGUAAUGCUUCAGCGCCUAGAAGCCCUACCUUUGGAAGGUCCCAAACAGACAGAGGCAGAAGAAGCAGUGAGUUUUCUUUUCCAUACUCACCCACCAGGGAUUCCAACCCCAAAUAUGAUUAUUUGAAUGACGAAAGCAAGAAUGACUAUGACCCUGAUAGUUCAAGUCAUAGUUGGGAUAGGGUAGAUAGGCAUCGCCAUCACCGUAGGAGGUAAUGAUAGUGACAUGUAACAAGCAAUAGAUGUUUAUUUGAGGGUAUUUAGAUGAUUGAAUUUUACCAGAGGAAUUUGUACAAAGAUCUAGAUGAGACUAGAUGAGUUUAGAUUGCUUUGUUAUAGUUUGUUGUAUGUUAUUCUCCAAAAUGCAAGUACUGUUUUUUAUUUCCA